AUUUCAACAGGAAAAAGACUUCAUCCAGCAACAACAGCGAUUAGAAAGAUAGACGUUUGUGAAGUUCUUACAGCAGAUGUUGAGUUCUAAAAAGAUGUCCUAUACCCAGGACUUUCCCGAAAGCACAGAUCUGUUGGGACUGCUGUUUAACGAUGGGAGUGCUGGUAAUGAUGAUGUCUUCGCUGAUGGGGCCAUGUUGAUGGAGGAAUGGGGUCUUUCAGAGCAAGAUAUGCUGAAUGGCACUGAAACAGAAGACUUCUUAAAUUCCAUUUUGGGCCAUUUGGAAGAUGAGCCGUCGACAUUACAAUCUUGGUCUCCCCAGGGCAGUGACAGCGGGAUAUCUGAGGAUAACAAUUACUGGAACAGCCCUUCCAGCAGUGACAUCAUGCCAUCACCCAGUCCCAAGUUCAGUGAACAGCCAGUCAGCAGCCCUGAAUUUCAAACCAACACCGAGGUCAUACAGACAGACCAUAACUAUUCCCUGAACCAAGACCAGCAGAGCACCAGUGACACCCUGCAGAGCGUACGAUCGGAGCAUCCUGAAGCAGACGUGUUCAUCAAUUUAGAUGACUGGGAAUUACAGUAUGUGGAUGAAGAUUACUCCAGUGAAACCCCUGUCUCUCUCGCAAUGGAAGAUUUCUCUCAGUCUGAGAAGGAAUGCCAGAUCCAGUUUCAAUUCAAGGAACUGGUUCUAACAGAAGAAGAAAAGAGAAUUAUGGAAAAGGAAGGAAUUUCAAUACCAACUCAUUUGCCCCUCACAAAGAGUGAGGAACGCAUGCUGAAAAGGGUUAGAAGAAAGAUCCGCAACAAGCAGUCAGCCCAAGAGAGCCGCAAAAAGAAAAAGCACUAUGUGGAUGGACUGGAAAGCAGAGUUGCUGCCUGCACAGUUCAGAACCAGGAGCUACAGAAGAAAGUGAAUCAGCUACAAAAGCAAAACCUGACUCUCAUUGAACAGUUACGGAAGCUUCAGGCACUGGUGAAGCAAACAACAAUGAAAACAACCACCUCAAGCACCUGCAUCAUGGUGUUCCUUUUGUCAUUUUGCCUGAUUGUAUUCCCAAGUGUGAACCCGUUUGGUGCAAGCGGGCCCCAGAAGGAACUGUACACCCCUUCAGGAGUUAUUUCAAGAAGCCUUCGUUCACUUUCUGGUGUGGAAACCAUUAAAGAUGAACCAGCAACAACAAAUUACCUUGAUGCUGCUGAGAAGGAUCUGAUAUUAAAUGUGGAAAUCACAAAAUCUGAGCUGUCUGGAGGGCUGAACCGCACACUGGAGGUUCAAAAAGUGGAAAAGGCAGAAUCAGAAUCCGCAGUUAACAGUAACUCCUCCUCCGACUUGCCUUCACAAGCCAAAACCAAGCUGUCGCCGGCAGGAGAAAGACCCCUCAGCCCUGGAAAUGAGGCGGUGGAGUAUACAAUGACUGCUUCCACAGUGAACAAGGAAGACUGGCUCGACCACAAAACCACAACCGUGAUAAUCCAGCAACAUCGCUCGGAUGAAAUGUAACAAGGACUGUUCCUGCUGCAGUUUUCAAAUAACAGUUUAGUCAGUCAAACCAUGCAAUGUAAGCAAAAUGUUAUGUAUAUAUAUAUAUAUAUAUAUAUAUAUAUAUAUAUAUAUAUAUAUAUAUAUAUAUAUAUAUUCCCUUGUAGCAAGGGUUUCCAUGCGACUUAUUUGAGGUGAUGAACAUGAAGCUCUUACUGUUGUAUUGUAUACUGUGUUCAGCUGAUGCAAACUUAAAAAAUAAUGGGAAACAAAAAUUGUGUUUUAUAGAAAGAGCACCUUUUUAAGAUAAUCCAUGUACUUGCAUCAAUUCUUUAUGCCCUCUGAAUUUACAUAUUUUUAUCUGUUUAUUAUCUCAUGGUAUGUUUUUUUUUUAAUUCGGCAUUUAUUGCUUAUGGCAUGUUUAAUAAAGUCACAAUUUAUCUAAUGAUGAUUGUUCAACAAGGUUGGUAUUCAUUUAAGUAUUUUUUAAUUUUUUUUUUUUUUUUAUGUUAAUAUGAACCAUAUUAAUAAUGUGUUACAAUGAGAUGUGUUGUUGUAUUUUAUUGUUGUAUUGAAAUGUUAGAAGAAAAUGCUAUGACCUGUAGAAUCAGUGACUGCAUUUUGUGGGUGGGUGGGGGGGGGGGGGGUCAUGUACAGCAAUAUGCAGGAUUUGCACAGCUAAAGCUUACUCUUACCUGUAGCUAUAAAUAUAUCCUUUCUCUGUUUCUAUGUAUUGCACACUAUGUUACUAUUAUAUAAUCAUCUGAUGGCUGUGAACGUCAUUGUUGUGCUAUUGAUUGUAUUGCAGUACUGUUUAAUUUGUGUUUUUUUUUUUUUAAAUAAUAAUAAAAGAAAUGCAGCGCCA